AAAUCACGUCUCUUUUAUGCCAGCUUCAGCAUUGCAUACCUCUGGAAAUACUACAAAUAUGACGUAUCCCGAAAUCCCCAGGACGAUUCGUCUACCUUAUAAGAUCGAACCAUCCAUCUCCCUCGAUAACCUUCCGGAAUCAUUGACCGCCCCUGGACUACCAAAAACAGGAGGAAAAUCGAUCUUUGCAUUCUGGAACACGGGAAUUAGCAGCCUGCCGCCCUAUCUUCUCCGAAAUGUGAUCAAUUGGCAUCGCCGAUUCUCUCCACUGGGCUGGACUAUCUAUGUGUUGGACACUGUUCCAGGUUCAGCUCUUAAUGUCUCAAACUUCAUCGACACGACAUCGCGAUCAAUAGUCCCUGAGGCCUUCAUCAACAACUCAAUUGUUGGAAAAUACGCCGCACAGCACACUUCUGAUCUCGUCCGAUUCCCCUUGCUCCUCCGCUAUGGCGGCGUCUAUCUCGACGUCGGGGUCCUACUCUUUGGCGACAUCAACUCAAUCUGGACGGAACAAAUAUCCAAUCCCGAAUCACCCUUCGACUUUUUCGGUUUCACCAUGGGAGAGGCACCUGAUCUGCAAAUCGUUAAUUUCGCGCUCAUGGCGGGCGCGAACAACCCCCUCAUAGAACGUGCACAUCGCAUCCUAUUGAAAUUAUGGGAGGGCAAGAAUACAACGACCAAUGCCCACGAGAAUCCAUUGGUCUCGCAUGUUCCGCUGAUGCGAGUGCCCCAAGAGGUCACGAUUGACGAUGGCGAGGAGGGAAAGAUGGUCAUUGACGACAAAGUCAUGACCGACUAUGCUAUCCAAAUCCAGUGCAUGGGCUCCGCUCAACGCUGGCUCGAUGAAGACGAGGGGUGGGAUGGACCUAAAUACGUACGAGAGAAAUGUUGGUUACUUUCCAUGAUCGAUGCUGUGUACGUUCAUGAGCAAGCGACUAGCUGGAACGGAAAAAGGUGUUGGGACUUGUUGAAUCAAUCUCUGCCAGAAGAUGGAGCAACUGAGUCUGCAGACCAGGCAUUGGCGCGGAAGAUUGUCGAAGAGAUGGUUGCCGAUAGCUGGGCGCUGAAGUUAGGCCAUGGCUUCGCCGCAAAGCUCUUUGGCGGUGAUACUCUGGGCAUACUGUGGAGGAAAAACGACGGUAGCGAUUGUAAGGAGGGUACUUAUGCGGGAUGGUUGCGCUGGGCGGAAUUGAAUUGUCAGCAGGAGCAUCCGAUGAAGAGGAUGAUUGUGAGCUCUUACGAGCCAAGCAUGAAAGCCAGACUGGCGGACUUCGAGAAGAAGUAGACAUAAAUCUUUUUAGACAUAAGACUAGACAUAGAUGAUCUGAUAAUGAAAUCAUGGAAACGACAGUUAAGACUGUCAGUAAUAUGUAAACUAAAUUGUACUAUUUGACGACUUGUGCUGCAUAGACGCCACGAU